UCACCUGCUCAAAGUCACAGAGCUAUCUGGAGGCAGAACUCACUUAACGAAAAAGAAGGAGAAAAAAAGAAAGCUGAGAAGAAAAUGACUUCUGAAACACAAAAGAAAGAAAAAGAAGAUGUCAAAAAGAAAACUGAGAAGGAAGCUGCCACUGAUGUGAAAAAAAAAGAGCCAGGGAAAGCCCCCGAAACCAAACAAGGAACUAUGAAAGCUUCAGCACAAGCAGCAGCUAAAAAAGAUGAAAAGAAGGAAGAUUCCAAGAAAACAAAAGCACCUGCAGAAGCAGAACAACCCAAGGGAAAAAAACAGGAAAAGAAAGAAAAAGAUGCAGUACCAGCAAAAUCACCAAAGAAGGAACAUUCAGCACCAAGUGAAAAACAAGUAAAAGCAAAAAUUGAUCGAACCAAAGAAGAGGUUGGUGCUGCCUCAACUAAAAAAGCUGCACCUGGAAAGAAGGAAGAGAAAACAACCAAGACAGUGGAGCAAGAAAUUAAAAAAGAAAAAUCUGGGAAGACUUCAGUUCUGAAGGAUAAAGAGCCUAUUAAAGAGAAAGAAGUGAAGUUGCCAGCUUCCCUAAAGGAAAAAGAACCUGAAAGUAAAAAAGAUGAAAAGACAUCCAAAGCAGGCAAAGAAGUCAAGCCUAAGCUCCCACAACCACAAGUAAAAAAAGAAGAGAAGCUAGAGCCACAAGUUAGAAAAGAAACAAAAUCAGAAAAAGACACAGUGAAACCAGAAAAGACCAUUUCUCAUGGCAAAACAGAAGAAAAAAGUGUCAAGCAGGUAAAAGCUACCCCAAUAGAAAAAACAGUCAAGACUAAACCAGCAAAAAAAGUUGAACAUCAAGAAAAAGAAUCUCCACCUAUAAAAGCAGAGAAAUCAAAACCAACUCUAACAGAAACAUCAGAAGUCAGAGAAUCAGAAAAACCUGCAAGAGUAUCAGAAGAAGCUGAAGAUGUGUCUUCUACAAAGAAGCAAAAAAGCCCCAUCAGUUUCUUCCAAUGUGUCUACCUGAAUGGUUACAAUGGCUAUGGAUUUCAGUUUCCGUUCACCCCUGCACAGCGCCCUGGAGAGAGUUCUGGCCCACCAAGCUCUCCGGGACAGAAGCCACAAGGACAAUAGACACACAUGCAUGACCAUUAUAAGGGCUUUGAGACUGAGAACUCCCAUUUGUCCACAGUGAGACAAGCAACUGAAAUUUAAAACUUGGGAGAAUAUCUUUGAAAAUAUUUUACUCUUCUGCUUGAUAUAGGAAAAAAAGUGGGCAAAAGGACUGAAUAAUACGUAGACAUAAUGAAGGGUCUAGAGCUCAAGAAUCUAUUUGUGUUUGUUGCUGGUGUGGGUAUUUAUAUUUUUUCUAUUUCCACUCAGUUUAGGGCUGUUCACAAAUUAAUUUGAAGUUUACUUAAUAAAUGGUCUUUUAAAUGUAACUGACACAAUUACAAAAUCAAACUCCUGAUUUUAGGUAGAUAAGUAUUUUUAAAUGAAAACACAGACUAUGCCUUAAAUUAAAGAGUACAGGAACUUGUAUAGAAGCUACUGUUUUGUAUCAUGUAGGUAUCUAAGUUCACUUUACCAAUAAGUUGAUGCUUAAUAGUUCAAUUUUAUUUGUCUAUUUCUGUUUUAGUUGUGAAUAUGGCCUAAGGCUGGGUUACAGUUGCACCAAAGAGUGUUGUAGUUUCCUAGUGAUGCUCUUUUAGAGCUCAAAAAUGUCUCUGAACUUCAGACAUGACAAGAAGGAAUAGAAAUAUUUGACGAGUCUUAUCUCUAAGAUUUGUCUUGAAUUGUAAUUCAUACAUUCACCCUCCUAGUGGAAAUACACUACCCGAUUAGGCAGGUCUGGUGAAUCAUUUGUGUAAAAUAUAAGCAAAUGAGAUGUAGAAUGUUCAGGUUUUUCCAGACUACAUAUGUCCUAAUGAAAAUAUCACUUGGGUGAAAUUGUAGAUCGGUCACUAAAUUUGGGUGACAGAUGCGAGAGUAUUUUCAUGUCACUUUAAUAUAAUCCUUCAAUGGAAUUAAAUAUAUUUUCUUUCUCAGAAAGAAAAAAUAUAAAUGUCAUCAAACUUGAAGGACUACAUUUUAAACAUAAGUGCAUCAUGAUAUGUCUUACUUGAUUUUUUAGUAAUUGGUUAUCAAUGCCAAUGAAACGAAUACCUGUCUUUAACUUACUUGACAACACAUCAGUGGGAAUGACAAUUGUGGUUUUACCAUCUUUUGUCUCCCAAUAAUAUAAACACUUGUAUUCUUCAUCACAUUUUCCUAUCAGCUCUGACAGUCAUGCCACUGUGAUCUUUUCAUGUUUACAGUUGCACCUCAACUUAUGUCAAAUUAACUCAGGAAAUAAAUUGAGUUAUUUUUUUCCUAGCAUUAUACUUACUUUCUGUCAAGGUUGCCACAGCCAAUACGAGACAAGUUGAUUUAUUUUCAAGGACUGCAACUAAGUCCUUUAAUUCCAAGAUUUACACCACUGGUUUACUAAAAUAUCAUUGACUAGGGCAUCAGUAACGAGGCUGUUACUAAUAAUGGAUUUUCAGCGACUUUUGUGAAAGUUACAGGUCUCAGCCACAUGGUGAUGGACCUAACUCACAGCACAAAACCCAACAUUGCAAUGAACCAAGGCUAAUGACACUCCUUAUGGGGGCCUAGCAAUGUGUACUCUCAGCACUGACUGGGUGGUACCAUCUUGCAGAGCCCCUUCAAGUAGCAAUGGAAACCUGUGAAGGACAGUGGAUGGAGUUUAUUGCUCACCUGCUCCUCCAGCUUGUCCAAUUUAGUGAGUAAAGGUAAUAGAAAAUACAACAGUUUUCUUAGAUUUCAUAGAACAGAAUGAUUAAGUCAUUCAUUCAUUCAUUCUUUCAAUGACUAUUUAUUGAGCACUCAGUGCACUGUGAUAUCAGAGUGCACUGGACUCUAUCAGAGAAAUAUCGGAGAUGAAUUCUCUUCUCCAUAUUAUCCUGGCACAUGUGGCCUUGGAAACUUUACUAAACAUUCUAUGCUUGUUUCCCAAAGUGUAAAAUAGGAAUUUCACAACAAUUACCUGAUACACAGGUGUACUGUGGACACUAACAACAUAUCUUAAUAUAAAUAUGAGGUCAGAAUUAAUUCCUAAAAUAAUAACUUUGGGUGUUUUCUCCCUGAGUGCUUUUCUACACAUUAUUGUUUCUUUCAUUCUCAUUAUAAAAAUUACUUGAUAAAAAUUAAAAUAUGAUAAUGUAUUAUAAUUAGAAUUUAGAAAAACAGUUAGGGUUAAUUAGUAAUAAUUAACUAAUUAUUAAUAAUACUUGUUAAGGUUUAUCUGCUUAAAGUUACAAUGAUGAUAGCAUAUGAAAAUAUGAACAAAACUCUUUUGUUUUUAUGGUUCCACCAAAUAAAGUAUUUCUGCUCCUUUUA